GGUUGAAGACUACUAUGUCAAGCGUGGAAAGGGUUUCCGAAUUCAUAGAGAGGUUGAGGCUAUGGAUUUUGUUCGCCGGCAUACAUCUAUAUCUGUGCCCUCCGUUUUCGAAAUACAUGUUAAUGAGGACGAUGCGAAUCGAAGCAGCUGGUUCUCUAUGAGUGCGAUGUCUGGUUCUUCUCUCACGGAUGCGUGGCCCCAGCAUGGAUGAGGAAGCUCGCAGAGCGGCACAGACUGGCCUUCGCAAAUACCUCGACGAAUUACGGGCUAUACCUCCUCCGACGCCGGCCUACAUUGGGUCUUGUAAUGGUGGGCCAGCAUACGACCAUCGCAUCGACAAUAUCCGUCCUUGCGGCCCCUUUGCUUCAGAAUCGGAUUUCAAUGAUUUCCUCGUGGUCCCUGUGACUGAAUGCCUUUCCCAAGAGCUUGCUAACCAAUAUCGCCAACAGCUCGCAGAUGAUCAUGGAAUUGUGUUUACUCAUGCAGACCUAUGCGGUGACCAUAUAUUUGUUGAACCCACAACUGGAAAGAUCACUGGGCUCAUUGACUGGGAGAUGGCUGGUUGGUGGCCUGCAUAUUGGGAGUAUGCCAAGUCACAGUUUGGCGGUAGAUACCAAACAUGGUGGACGACACUGGUAGCCAAUUUUCUGCACCCUUACCAGCAUGAGUUUCGAAUUGAUUGGGAUCUACAGCAGUUCUGAGAUGUAGGCAUCUCAAAGUCUGAGUUGCUGGUCCUCUCUCACUUACUGGUCCUCUCUCAGCUACUGGUCCUCUCUCAGUUACUGGCCCUCUCCAAACCAGUAUUUAAUCACUAAUCACGUUCUUGGGGUAUUCUUCGGCAACGAGACCUUCAGCUCGAAGACGGAUUAAUCCAAGGCUGCGAGGCA